CCUCCGGUUCGGAAGGUGAGUGGGCGGCGGUCCGCCCGGCCCGCGACGCCCCGCGCGGUGACCGCGGCCACCGCCGCGCGCGGGCCGGAGGCGGCACGGGGAGCGGCCCGGGUCGGGCGCGGGGGAGCGCGGGCCGGGCGGGCCACGCACGCUGCCCUCGGCGCCCGCCCGGCCGCUGGGCGCGCUGCCCGCACCUUGCAGAACGCGCGUUGCUGCUGGCCUCUCCCGCGCCACGGUCCCAGGUGCGCACACCUUCAGAAAGUCUCAGGAAGAUGGCAGCACUAGGGGCUGUUGAGGAAGCCCUUCCUGUCCCAUCCCCUGUCAGUCUGUCAUCAGGGACACCUGGAGCCCAGCACCACACGGCACAGCUCCACCUCCACGGUCAUCCACACGGCUGUCCCCGCUCCAGCCCUGAGGUACUCUCCCAGCCAUCAGAACUGGAUCUCCGAGACGUAGAGGAAGUGGAGACCGGCAGAGACACCUGGCUUGACUCCAAGCCAGAGCAUGAGCAGGCUCCGUCAUCUCCCCGCCAGCAUGUUUCUGAAGCCGGGGUGGACCCAGAUGGAGGGUCACUGGAGGGCCUCCUGAGGAGCUUUCCCCAUAGGCCCAAGUGUGGGGACAACUUUGGGCAGAAGUCCAGCCUGGAGCAGCCAGCAGACAAGCCUCCAGGGGCCAUGCCCUGUUCCCAGAGGAGGGGUGCCUGGCGCCUGGCACUCCUGCCACAGGGAGCCUCAGGGAGCCACACCGGGGGCAGCCCUGAACAGGCUCCAGAGCUGGGGUGCAGCUUGGGCCCGGGUCCACGGCAGGCCAGUGCACGGGGCAUCACGCCACACCGCUGCGAAGCCUGCGGCAAGAGCUUCAAGUACAACUCGCUGCUGCUGAAGCACCAGCGCAUCCACACAGGCGAGAAGCCCUACGCCUGCCACGAGUGCGGCAAGCGCUUCCGGGGCUGGUCGGGCUUCAUCCAGCACCACCGCGUCCACACCGGGGAGAAGCCCUACGAGUGCGGCCAGUGCGGGCGCGCCUUCAGCCACAGCUCGCACUUCACACAGCACCUGCGCAUCCACAACGGCGAGAAGCCCUACAAGUGCGGUGAGUGUGGCCAGGCCUUCAGCCAGAGCUCCAACCUGGUGCGCCACCAGCGGCUGCACACCGGGGAGAAGCCCUACGCCUGCAGCCAGUGCGGCAAGGCCUUCAUCUGGAGCUCCGUGCUCAUCGAGCACCAGCGUAUCCACACCGGGGAGAAGCCCUAUGAGUGCGCCGACUGCGGCAAGGCCUUCCGUGGCCGCUCGCACUUCUUCAGGCACCUGCGGACUCACACGGGUGAGAAGCCCUUCGCCUGCAGUGCCUGCGGCAAGGCCUUCGGCCAGAGCUCACAACUCAUCCAGCACCAGAGGGUGCACUACCGCGAGUAGCCACAGCCCGGCCCCAACGCAUUCUCUGGAUGGAAACGGGAGCUGGCUUCUGCUGGGAGAGGGGCUACUUCCCACCUUGAGGGCCGCCAUGGGAAGGGCCCAAGGCCAGGAGCUGUCCCAGCCCUUCCAGAGCCACGCCAAGGGCUGGUCAGACCUGACCAACGGGUGGAGACCCGCAGCGGGAGGACAGGGCUGCCUUCCAGGUCCUGCCUUCCCCCUUGGGCAUGGGAUCCCCUCGUAGCAUGUUCUCCCUGCACAGCCUCAGACCUGUCCGUCACCUUGCCCCCUUGCUCUUGCAGUUAGGGUUUGCAAGGCCAGCAGGCUUCCAUGGGAGGACCUGUGUGUCCUGUGUUCUCCCUGCCUGGCCUCCCAUGCUGUUCCUGCUCUGAGAAGGUGGCCCUGGGUUGUCAGGGCUGGCCUGGCACAGGUUGCUGCACAGGGUUAGGGCUCUUGUCCUCUGAAGAUCUGCCCUGAGGGUCCUAAAAGGGGAGGGCAGGGCUGGUGGAGAAAGCAGGCUGUCAGCAGCCACAGCCACUGCCUCCAGUACAGCUAGGGAAGGCAAGCCCCUCCCAAGACUGCAGUGCCACAGUGUGACCUCCCUAGCCCGUCCCCACUGCUGGACUUGUCCAGGGCUCCUAGCUGGCCCCAGGUCCCUGUGGUGCCUGUGAAGUACUUCCCUGCUGCAUCCAGUAGCCUACUUUAUGGCUGUGUCAUCAGCCUUCAGCCAGCCUGUUUACUAGAGGACAUGGAAGUUCUGAGGUGACCCAUGGCUUGCUCCAUGUCACAAGCAGUGACCAACUGCAGGUCUCCUGAUGGGUCACGGAGCCCCAUGCAGUCCCUUGGGGAAGGUUGACCCCCACCCUAUAUCCCCAUGCCAACUGAGAGCCAAUCUAGGGGUCAGGGCUGGAGGUCAAGCUGUUGCCUGCCUCCCCUCCCCUCAGGAGUGUGUGGGCAGCAGCAGGCUCUGCAGGGCGGCCCCGCUGCCUCCCCAUGGAGGGGCUCCAUCUGCAGUAGUGGACCUAGCAGCAUCUAGGGGAGAUCGUGUGCUGCUCCAGACGUCCCAGCCGCCUCAGGCACUUCGUGGGGCAGGACCAGGUGCCCCAGGACUAGUUCUGGGUGCAGGUGGCUGGCGGGGCAGCUCCUCCGUGCUGGGUCUAAACCCUUGCCGAGGCAAGGUUGCUCUUGUCCCUUGUUGGGCAGGACCCACCAACGCAGGCUGAAGUGGAAUUUGCAUCUCCCCCAGUGUCCUUGUUCAAGCCCUGGCAGUCAGCAGACUCCCAAUUGUUCCUCCUGAGUCCACUCUACAUUCCAGGGAAUGCAGAGUGAUCUGGCAGGAGUUGGGCAUGGGCUCCUCAGGGCCUUUCCCCUUAGCUUGCCCAUCCCUGUCAGCAUCCAUUUGAUCAGGGCACCUUUCUUAUCCCCUGUGCCCUAGAGGCACCUGGACACCAUCUCUCCUCACGCUUAUUCUCUGCAUCCAUCGCAGGAGGCAUCCAGUCCAAGCCAGCUCUUGCAGGUAUCUCUGAAGGGCUCCUGCAGUGGCUGUCCGCACCCAGGGAGGGUGGGAGUGGACAUCUGACACCAUCAAAGCAAAAUAACACCUCGAGCCAGGUUGAGCACAGCAGAGGUGAAAGACGGGUAGGAAGCCAGCAUGGCCCAGGAAAAUGACUGCAUGUGAGUUUCAGAACCGGAAGUGACAGUUUCUGUGAGCACGGUGUCUGCAUUUGGUCCUAGAGAGGGGCACUAAGCCCUCCAGUGCCUGGAGCUGCAGGAAAAAGGUUUUGUGAGGAAAUUUUCAGGGGCUGCAGGCAAGGGGAGGGAGGGAGGGAGGAACGUGAGCUGACAAGUCAUAGAUGGCGUCCUGGAACCACCGGGUUAGGGUGUGAGGAUCUGUCCCAGGUGCCCUGAGACCAGAGGCAGAUGUAUCCAGGGUCACAGUGCAUUUUACUGUGGGACUCACGGACAAAAGCAAGGUUGUGACAAGACCAGUUGGAGUCUCACAGUUUGGAUCAGAAGGGGGCAUAUUUAUGAAUUAGGACCAAAGUGACUUCAUCCUGGCUGAACUGUACCUGAUUUGUCUUAAUAUGGAAGAGUUGGGUGCAUCCCUGGAGUCAGGGUCAGUUUGUAAAUCUCCAAGGACUACCUCAUGCAGUGUUUGCCACUUGGUGAGUGCAAAGCCACUAGGCACAACCUGGAGAUAAAGAGUGAAGAGAGGGUUAUUACAGCCAGUUCAGAAAACACUGUGUCCCUCAAGAACAAGGCAAGGGGCUUUUACUGGGGAAACAUGAGCAUGUUCCCCUAGGAGACUCAUGGCCACAGGUAGAGGCGGGCACAGCACACUGCUGGGCAUGUUCAGUUUGAGGUCACACAGCACAGCCUUAAAAAAAAAAAA